AAUAUGGAUGAAAAGAAACGAUUCUCCGCUAUUGCCAACAAAAAGUAUUAAUUAAAAACUUAAUGUUUGUUUGUGACAUACAAUCAGUCAAUUAAAAUCAUUUCAUUUAAUAAAUAACAUAUUUAUUGAAAAUAUAUAUACUGACUAACUCAAUGGGUCUCUUCAGUUGUUUUGGUGGUAAAAGUCGAUCAUAUAAUGCGAAGAAGCAUGAGAUGGAUCGCGACAGACAAUCGUCGAACAAGAAAAGUAGCCGAAGAGGUACUGAUUCUAUAGGCGUUCCCGACAGCAAUCUGGUUCCCAGUCUGAUCCAAGAAACUGGUUAUCAUGAAACUGAUGAUAAUAAUAAAGGCAAUGAUCAUCGAAACCAUAAUCAUGAGCACCAGUCUCAGGAAGUGAUCAGCAAUAGUGAUCAUCACAAUGGAUCAGCACAUCAUAACAGCUCCGGCUAUAAUAAUAGCCAUUCAACGCACGACAACAGCAGUUCCGUCGGCCAUAACGACAGUUCCCACCAUCAAAGUUAUGACACACACGUUGUUCAUCAUUCAAGUGAUUGAGACAAUUAACAAAAAAAUGAUUUAUUUAUGAAAAUAUAUUUUAUUAUGUUUUUUAUAUAUAAAUCAUAACAAUUGACAUGUCUUGG